AUGUGUGACACCUCCUGCUCCUCUGGCAGCCAGUCAGCUGGUUCCACGCCCAUGUGCUGCACACCCCUGACCUGUGUCCCCACUGCCUGCUGCUCAUCCUCAGGCUCUGGGAGCUCCUCCAGUCGCCCAGUGUCCUACGUGAUUGUGCAGUACCGCCCUGUGUGCAGCGUGUCCUCCUCCAGCCAGCCACCCUGUGGGACUUCCAGCAGCUGCUCGGGUGGUGGCAAGUCAUCAUGUGGCAGUUCUUCCUGUGGCAUGAUUUGCAGUACAUCCAGCUCUGGCCAAGGUGCCUGCCUUGUGCCCGUGUGCAGCAUGGCCUCCUCCAGCCAGUCACCCUGUGGGGGUUCCAGCUGUGGUUCUGGUGGUGGCCAGUCAUCUUGUGGAAACUCUUCCAGUGGCAUGACCUGCAGCGUGUCCAGCCCUGGCCAAGUUGCCUGUCUUGUGCCCAUGAGCUCUAAGCCUACUGUGUGUAUGCCCGUGAGCUCCAAACCUACUACCAUCUGCAUCCCCGUGAGCUGUAAGCCGGCCAUGUACGUGGUCCCCUCCUGCCAGUCUUCCUGCUCGUGA